AUGCUCCGGACAUCGCUAGAUGGGAGCGACUCGUUACGGUCAAGUCAGACAGACUUGGAGUGUGCGCUCGAAGGAAUUGAUGGGCCGCCCGAUGGUGGUGCCGUCGCGUGGACGCAAGUCCUGCUCAUGCAUAUCGUUUUCUUCAAUACCUGGGGCGUCGCCAACGGCUAUGGGGUGUUCCAAACCUACUAUACGCAGGCACUUGGCCAAUCAGAGUCUGCGAUAUCCUGGAUAGGUAGCGUCCAGGUGUUUUUCCUCUUCUCUAUUGGCGUCGGCGCAGGACGUCUUGCCGACGCCGGGUAUUUCAGAGUCACUUUCACUCUGGGCGUGUUCCUCCAGGUGUUCGGUAUCUUCAUGGCUUCUCUUAGCACAGUCUACUGGCAAAUAAUAUUGUCGCAGGCCGUGUGCUUGGGCAUCGGGAAUGGGUUGGCCUUCACUCCAGCCUUGGCGGUAACGUCUCAAUACUUCCAGAAAUACCGAGCUGCUGCUGUGGGUAUUUCUGCUGCUGGUGCGGCAGUUGGUGGUCUUGUCUACCCGGUUCUGAUCAACAGAUUGAUAUUUCACGAUAACUUUGGUUUUCCGUGGACAAUGAGAGUCAUGGGUUUCAUCAUGUUGGCAACAUACGUGCCUUGCCUGAUUUUGUUCAAACCACGUCUCCCACCCAGGAAAACUGGCCCCUGGAUCGAUACAUCAGCCUUUACGGAACUGCCGUUCGUUUUCUUUACAUUCAGCAUGUUCUUCAACUUCUGGGGUCUGUAUUUCGCCUUCUUCUAUUUGGGGACAUUUGCUCGUGAUCAAAUUGGUGUCACUGAGCCGAUCAAUUUGGUCAUGAUCCUCAAUGGAGUUGGUAUCAUUGGCCGUAUUCUACCAACACUCAUCGCUGAUAGAUGGACUGGUUUACUCAACAUUGUGAUCCCAUUAAGUUUCUCAGCAAGCAUUUUGGUAUACUGUUGGGCAGCAAUCAGUUCGGAAUCUGGGCUUUACGCGUUCGCAGUCAUAUACGGUCUGAUUGCAGCAUCUUUGCAGGCUUUACUGCCCGCAACCUGUACGACUAUGACGCCAGAACCAAGCAAGACUGGGACUCGGGUCGGGAUGAUAUUGGGUUUCAUAAGCUUGGCGAAUGUUACUGGUCCUGCUCUUUGUGGUGCAUUGAUCCAGAGGCAAUCCGGGAGCUACCUGGGUGCGCAAGCCUUUUCUGCUUCUUCUAUCCUUCUUGGCGCUUUUAUGGCUGUAGCUGCAAGAGUUGCAAAAACUGGCUGGGUGUUGAAGGCAAGAGCAUAG